GGAGCUCGGUUUUUAUAAAUACAGCAAUGAUUGCGCAUAGGAAUCAGAAGACCUACGAGUUAAGGACGUGUAUUGUGGGCUAUAUAACUAACAAGAUCAUUUUACUUUGCUAACACAGAGAUCGUUGAUUGCUGAAUUGCAAUGGAAACUAUGGAAGUUAUGGAAGUCUCCGAUCAGAGUGUGGUGACCAGAGUGGCCAACCUUCCCCUGGUCAGCAGUACUUAUGACAUGGUGUGUAAUGUGUACACUAACACCAAGGAUAGCCACCCCUACAUUAGGUCUGUGUGUGAGGUGGCUGAGAUGGGUGUGAAGACUAUCUCGUCAGUGGCUCUGACCAGUGCAAUGCCCAUCAUUGGCAAGCUGGAGCCUCAAAUUGCCAUGGCAAAUGACCUUGCAUGCAAAGGGUUGGAUAAGAUUGAGAAGACCUUGCCAAUCCUCCACCAGCCAUCAGAGCAGAUUGUUGCGAGCGCCAAGGACGCGGUGACGGGAGCAAAAGAAGCCGUGACCACCAAAGUGAGCGGAGCCAAGGACACAGUGUCCCACACCAUCAUCGGGGUUGUCGACAAGACCAGAGGGGCAGUGCAGGACAGCGUGGAGAUGACCAGGGCUGCGGUCAAUGAAGGGGUCAACACCGUGAUGGGCAGCCGCAUGGUGCAGCUGGUGAGCACCGGGGUGGACACCGCGCUGAGCACGUCCGAAACACUGGUGGAUCAGUACCUGCCUCUGACCAAGGAGGAGCUUGAGGUGGAGGUGAAAGCUGUGAAAGGGUUUGAUGUUGCCACCGGAAAGCCCAGCUAUUACGUGCGCCUGGGGUCACUGUCCUCCAAGCUUCGGAAGAGGGCCUACAGUCAGGCUGUGGCCAAGGUUCGAGAUGCAAAGCAGAGAAGCCAGGAGUCCAUCUCUGAACUUCACCACACUGUAGAUCUGAUUGAAUAUGCAAGAAAGAACAUAGACGGUGUCAAUCAGAAAAUGCAUGAGAAGCUAAAUUCUUGGGUUCAGUGGAAGAAUGAAGGACACCAAGAGGAAGAAGCCACUGAAGCCAUGCAAAUUGAGUCGCGCACCUUGGCCAUCGCCCGCAGGCUCACCCACCAGCUGCAGACCACCUGCCUGACCCUGGUGUCCAGCCUCCAGGGCGUCCCCCAAAACAUCCAGGAACAGGCACAAUCUGCGGCCCAGUCCGCCUCAGACAUCUACAGCAACUUCAACAAAGCCUCUGCCUUCAAGGACCUCUCGGAUGGCAUGCUGACAAGCAGCAAGUCGCAGCUGGGGAAAAUGAAAGACUCUUUGGACGGAGUCAUGGACUACCUGGUCAACAACACACCGCUCAAUUGGCUGGUAGGUCCGUUUUACCCCAGGCUGGCCCCACCCCCCCACAGUUCUGCAUCUAACACACAAGAGAAAUCCCCUUCCCCAGAGAGAGUUAUGUAGCCACUGAACUACCCUCAAUAAUAACCCUCAGUAACCCUCCAGGCUCAGAACUAAUCCGGGGCCAUGGGCCUCAUUAAUACUUGGGGUUGUGCUUAAAUGCUGUGAAAUCCAGUGACUAUGUUGGGGCCAGUGCAGGGUACAGUAUUGACAAAACAAAGCAUUCCUUUUACUCUUUAAAGUUAAUCAAGUUGUGACAUAAUGUGUACUUACUUGCUUUCUGCACAUGCAGACAUUGUGCAGGUCUGCUUUGACAUUGAUCUGAAAUGUUACCUAUGUAAUCCUGGCUGCCUCUGUGGUGGUUUGUGUAACACUUUCAUGUCUUAGUGAUUGGACUGAAUCUAUGAAAGGCGUGUGAAGAUUGCCACUAAGUGCCUUACCAUAAUCCAUAACAUGCUUUCUUGUAUCAGCUACUUUAUAUAUUGACUUUGUAUUGCACAAUUUUGUACAAGGAUUAUAAUAAUAAACAACCAAAUAUUUAA